GACGCAGCGCUCACGUCGAGCUCCAUUCCAAAGCUACUAAGGUGAGAGGCCAUCAUAGCUCCCUCACUUCUCUGCUCUAUUCCCAUUCAUCUGGCCUUGCGCAUGCUUUCUCGAGUAUCAAGCAUGCCCUGUUCAGUUUCGGGCUGCGAGGGAAAGUACCACGUCAGAUCACCACAUUCAUCCCAACAACACAACCUCGACAGAUCAUGACGACCAGCCUGCCAAGUCCCGACCAGACGCUCAGCGACACUGCAUCACAGCCAGACGAUCAGCUCGUAUCUGCGCCUAGAACCUCAACAGCAGCACAGUCUGCCCACAGUUCGAAGCCAUCAGAUCUUGGUUCCGGACAUCAGAUGGCCGCCCCAGGGUGCCAAGCUUCUUCUGAGAAGAUUGAGAGAGCUGGCAUUGAUGCGAGGACCAAGAUAUCUAACUUACUAAAGGACAAAGAACAAGAAUGGACUGCUGUCAUGGAAAAGAAGGGGCCGCUUCGAUUACUGGAUCUUCCUAUCGAUGUGCUGAAGGAAAUAGUAAAGGAGGUAACCCAUACGAAUGAUUUGACAGCUUUAGCAUUAACCCAUUCCGCCCUUCACAACCUUGCCAUACCUCAUAUCUAUUCGCGCUUCGACAUUGUAUGGCCAGAUGCACACGCUACGACCGAUCCGAGAACUGGUGUCGAUGCCCUUACUUAUGGCCUUGCUACUCUUUGCAUGGGCGACGUAUUUACGGACCACGCUCAAGGCCAAUCUUUUACUUGCACAAAUUGUGGCGCCCCGAAUACCGCGCAAUGCAAUCACGAAGUCCAAUCAGGAGUACGGAACGGCCAACGGCGCCUUGGAAACCAAUAUCCUCAAUACACCCGAAAGUUCUCUCUAGGGAAUGGUCCCGCAGACUGGGUACAGGAGUAUCUCAUAACUAAAGAGAGUGGCAAAAUGCUAGGAACUCUUGUUGCUCUUGCUGUAGCGAGGAUGGUCAAUCUCGAGACUUUUGUGUGGGAUAUGCCUACUGGGGUUCUGCGAGACGUCUGGCUCGCUCUGUCUUCUUUGCAGAGUAGGAAUCCAAACCAUGAACCUCGACUGGAGCGAGUCUGGGUCCGAUGGCAUGAUAAUUCAGAUACAGCACACCUAUCCCCCACCCAAACCUCAAAUACAACGUCCAAUAGCGCAACAGCUGGUAGUACCCUGACUUCGAUAGGCUGGACUAUUCCAUCCGGCUAUAUCCCGGCACAGACCCAACCUCACCCGAUUUCCUACGCUCAAAGUAGGGUAGAAUAUCCUACUUUGAGCGUCCUGCCCCCUUUAAGAAGCUUGUCUGUGCUAGAUAUCGAUGAAAUUGAUUACCUGGAUGAGAUGAGUGUUUUAAUUGCGAAAUCAAAGGAUCGCCUGCGCGAAUUGCGAGUAGGUGUUUCUGCAAAAGCAGUCCACCGAGAUUUUGCGAUAGCGUGGGAUGGGCCAGAUUUACAUCAAGUUGAUCACAAAGCAACAUGGCCCGGUGCAAGUACAAUUGGAGAGAGAAGACUAGGAGGUGUUUUAGGGGUGCUCUUGGGGCGAGUGUUUGAUAUUCGCAAAAAGCAAAAAGCGAAGACCGAGAAAAAGGCUAUGGGUACUUCCCUGGCUACCUCAUCCCCUCUUCAUCCGACAGCUCCGCAUAUGGAAUCCAAUAUAACGACACCGAUGGACAUCCAAAAUGGAGGUAUCCUCCAGCAAUAUACUUCAGAGACGACCGAAACCCACCUUACAGAAGCGGAGUGGCUUGCCAAGCAGGACUCAACAGGCAGUGAGGUGGUCACAGCAACCCAUGGAGUCGCUUUCAGUAUCGAUAGCGGAUCUCCUUCGAAUGACUCAACUGGUUUGAACCUGAAUAGUCAACCACUUGCGCAGUCGGCUGAAGUAGAGCCAACGCCACCUGAUGUUGAGCCCCUGGCAACCCUCGUCUCGCAAAAUGAGAUGGACGGACAAACCCACACCGCUGCGCUAUCAGAUAUAUCUACAGAGCCUCCCCUUAGACGGUCGCCAGGGCAUAGCCAAAGGCAAUCGCAUUUCUCCGAGAGCUCUUCUUCUGAAAGGGAUAGGCUUGAUGGCAAACUGAGACUACAGACAUUGGAGCUAGAGCGCAUUUCUCUCUCCAUAGCUGUACUCCAAAAAGCCUUUGACUGGCCUGUAUUGACCAACUUGACGAUUCUGGAUUGUCCUCAGCACGAUAGACUCUGGAUCAUGCUUCGACGACACUUUCUGCCGACGCCACUCGGUGCCAGCCAUUCGUCUGUCAAGCAUGGAGCCGGCGUAUCUCUACAGUAUCAUCUGAACUUGAAAAAGAUACAUACGGAUGCCGCUUCUCCUGCCCUUAUUUCGUUUUUGAAAGAAACCUUAGCUCCUAACACUCUCGAAACCCUGUUUUUACAAGACCGGAGACGUUCUUCCACAACUAAUGUCACAAUCGACGCCAUUUUUCGGGGUCCCUUGAAAAGACACCGAGCAAGCCUCCGCAAGUUAAUGCUAGAUAGCUCCGACCGGAUCCCAAGAGGCCCAGCGAGUGCUUCCGAUAGCGUACGUUGGAGAGCUUGGAUGCCAAAUCGCGAUGUCCUCAACUUUAUUACUAGUGGGCGGAUGAGCAGUCUUCGUGAAUUAAGCAUUGCAAUCGAUUAUAAAGACUGGCAUCACUUCCUGCAACGUCUUCCUCAAAUCCCUCAUCUCCGUUCUCUCAACAUUCCUUUUAUAGCAGAUCAUGUAACACCUGCAUUUGAUCCUCGAGAACUGGCAUUGCAGGUUGUGGACGUUAUUGUUUUGCGUCCUGAGGUCGAGCUCUGUUAUAUGGGUAUUUCCCAUAAAUGCUUUGAAAUUUUGGAAAAUCGGCCUCAUGACGAGGCCCAUGGAUCGGAGGUCACAAAUUCGAAUCUCGCAAAUGGUGGACCAGGCGGUGCUAUUACUGAUGAUGAGGAAGGGAGCGAGGAAGAUGGAAGUGACGAGGAUGAUGAUGAGGAGGAGGAAGAUGGCACAGCGAUUCCUCAAAUCGACCCUGACGAGACAGAGUCCGAAAUUUCGGAUCCGGACGACUCGGAUACUGAUUCAUACGUUGGCUCUGAAGAUGGCCGGUCUAAGGUACGGUUAAGGUUGCGAGAAAUCCUGUUUUACGACGACAAGGUAGCCAUAUUCAAGGCUCGUCACGGAAGACUUUGAAGAGGGGCCAGCGAACUUUCCACCAAAUCAUCCAAUUACAGAUUGUCACGAAAGCUUUGCUUACAUAUUUUCGGAGUUCUUAAGAGCGCAUUUGGGAGCAGGACUAAAGCAUUGCCAUCAUAUCAUCCACAGAGGACUGGAGUCAGGUUCUGCAGGAGUUUUUUAAUGGUGAUGAACUCAACGGCGAGAUAGGGAUAAGGCGGGCAAUAGGGGGGGAAGGGCAAGGGAGGUCAGAAUAUACUGUUUAGCUUCAUUAGCCGGUAGUGGACCGCAAUGCCAUUCUGUCAAAGGCGUCAAUGAUGCACACAGGCAUCCCUUGAUCCCGACCAUUCUAACACGGACAGUAUCCGAGCCCACCGAGCGGCGACAAUACCUAGCAGCGGAAUCGCGCGGG